AUGACGUCCACCAGCCCACUUCUCACCCUCGGGGUGUUCGUCGACGAGGCCAACAUCCUCAGGGUCGGCGGCAGGCUCAAGCACGCGAGUCUACCGCGCGACGAGCGGCACCCCAUCGUGGUGCCACCCGCGUCACAGCUAGCGCUCCUGCUGGUCGACGCCUGCCACCGGCGCACUCUGCACGGCGGAGUCCAACUGACCCUCGGGCUGCUCCGCCUGCAAUACUGGUUGCCACGGGGCAGAGCCGUGGUCAAGCGACGGCUGCGGCAGUGCGUCACCUGCGUCCGCUGGCGCGGAGCCACCAUUCAGCCCCCCAUGGGCAAUCUUCCGCGGGACCGAGUGACUCCCGCACGCCCGUUCCUGCGGACGGGAGUUGACUACGCCGGUCCCGUCUUCGUCAGGACCAGCAAGGGCCGGGGACAGCGCGCCUUCAAGGCGUUCAUCGCCGUCUUCGUGUGCUUUUGCACGAAGGCGGUGCACCUGGAGCUUGUCUCCGACUACACCUCCGAGGCGUUCCUGGCUGCCUUUCGGAGGUUCACGUCACGCCGAGGCCUCUGUUCUGUCGUCUACUCGGACUGCGGGACGAACUUCACCGGGGCCGACAAGGAACUGCAGCGCCUGUUCCAGGCAUCGUCGCAGCAGAGCCGAGACAUCGCCCGAGACCUCGCCAACCAGGGAGUGAAGUGGCACUUCAAUCCCCCCGCAGCCCCCCACUUCGGGGGACUGUGGGAAGCCGCGGUCAAGUCCGCCAAGCAUCAUCUCCGACGGGUGAUCGGCGAGGCAAGGCUCACAUUUGAGGAGCUCACCACGUUGCUCGCUCAAAUUGAGGCUUGCCUCAACUCACGUCCCCUCCGCGCACUAUCCGACGACCUCGAGGACAUAACGGCACUCACUCCUGGUCAUUUUUUAGUUGGGUCAGCACUGCUGGCUAUCCCGGAGCCGUCGCUCAUUGACACUCAGGAGAACUUGCUGUCCCGGUGGCGCAACGUCCAACGGAUGCGGGACCACUUUUGGGCACGAUGGUCCAGCGAGUACCUACACGGCAUCGCUUCCAGGCCGAAAUGGCACGGGCCAGCACUCACACCCGACGUCGGGGCACUGUGCUUGAUCCGCACGGAGAACACCGCACCAACUCGAUGGCCACUCGCGCGGAUCACCCGCUUGCACCCGGGCGACGACGGGAUCGUUCGAGUCGUCACUGUGAGGACCGGCUCGUCCACACUAGUCCGCCCCCUCACGAAAAUAGUGCCGCUACCAGGCACAAGUACCGGCGAACCGUCGUAA